AUGCAAAGUCUUGGUCUCACAUCAACCACUCAAGGCUUAAGCCACGUCCAAAUCGCAGACCGUCUUGUAGAAACUGGCUAUAACAUAUUGCCAACUCACAAGCCUACAGUCCUUACCCAACUAUACAUAAAUCGAAUUUUCAUUCUUUAUUGCAUUCUCUUUACAACCCUCAUGGCAGAAAUUGCUAAUACAGGCCCAUCACAUAUACUUUCUCAUAUAUUUAUUAUUCUAUUCACAGUGGCUCUAUUCAUAAUAAAAGCAUUUACUCGGCAAUAUCCAGAAUUCCCAACAAUAGACUCUAUGGUGCCAGCCAUAAGGAAUGGGACCUCAAAUAUGGUUGAAAGCAAAUUCUUAGUCCGUGGAGAUGUGAUCCAAAUACAAGAACCAAUGACCAUUCCGGCUGAUAUAAGGCUUGUUAAUGUGGGGAGUAUUAAACCUGUCAUUAAUGGGUGCAGCUUAUUUGGGAAAGAAGGAGUUCAUAUAGGAGAAAUAAAUGGGAGUGGCAAUUACUAUAGAAGCCCAAAUAUGGCUUUCCAAGGAUCAAUAGUUGAAAGUGGAAAAGGGCUUGGAAUUGUAUUGAAAACUGGAAAAGACACAUUUUUAGCAAAGUUAAGCAAAAUUGACUAUUUUGAAAAUGACAACGACUCUAAAUGGCUAGCUUUCGUGGGCAUUUUAUGAAUAGGAUUGGUAUUAUUUAGAUAUGGAUUUGGUACCAGACCUUGGUAUGUAUCAGCAAUUGCUUUACUUUUGAUUUUUAUAAAAAUGCCUCAUUAUUGAAAUUUUUCGAAAGGAAUUAAUACCUCUUCUCACAGCCAUGUAUUGCUAAAGAACAAUAUUUAUCCAAAAAAUACAGACGCAUAUAAAGAACUCACAAAAAUAAAAACUCUUUUUAUCGAUACUAGAUAUGCCCUGCUCAAUAGUCAAAAAGAAGUCGAGCAGGUCUUUAUCGAAGGAAAGCUGAUGACUGCAUCCGAAGCCUUGAAAAGCAAGCCCAAGGACUUUAAACUGCUAAUUGACCUAAUAGAUGUUGUUUUAAAGUCAAAAAUGCCUAAUGAGUCAGAAGAAGAUUCAGAAGAUGAUCAAUAUAAAGCUCCUUUUGAAAAAGCUUUAAUCAACUUUUUAGCUGACUUAGAAAUAAGUAAAAAAGAUUACGAUACAAUUUACAAGAUAAACAUGUCAGAGAAAAACAAGUUUACCUUGGCAGUCAUUAAUGAUAAAGACAAACUUGCUUUUAGUGGGAUUUUACUAGGCGAUGCCAAGGACGUUUUGAAAAACUCCAAAGAAAUGUAUGUGAAUGGAAAACUUAUGCCUGUUGAUAUAAGUUAUUUCGCUACAAUUAUAGAUGACUUCGCAAAUCAUGGAAUAAAAUGCUUGGCCUUGGCAUAUUCAGAUGUGCUUCCUCAAAGUCUUGAAAAAAUUGAAGAGUCUGGAAUAACGACUGAUAUGUUUAAUUUCUCACUUAUUGGGAUUCUGGGAAUUAGAGAACACACUAAUAAUGCAUCACAAUGGGCUCAACUUGCGUCAGAUUUAGGAAUAAAUAUAGUGGCGAUUGGGCCAGAAUCCAAAGAGUAUUUGGUAAACUUGUCUCUUACUUCAGGAUUUCUCAAGCAUGAUCCAGAGGUGUAUGAUCUAGGCAAGCUUCCUAAUGACCCAAUGAUUUACUUCCCAGACCAAAUUAAAAAGAAUCCUAGAAUAAUUGAAAACAAUCGAUUCAGCAUGAUCCCUUCAUUAUCAACUUAUGACACUUGCCACUUAAUAGAAAACUACAAAGACAAAAAAUCAGCAUAUUUUGGAAGAAACUCGCUUGCACUCAAAAUUUCUCAAAUAUCAAUGACCCACAAGACUAAUACGAAAGAAGUGAAAGCAAUUUCAGACUUAGUUAUGCUGUCUGAUAAAGGGGUUGAUGAUUUCCUCAAUGCUGUAAUUGAACUGAAAAAUGCUAGAAAAGUGACUUUAUUUAUUUUUCAAGCGGUUGUGGGGUCUUUAAUACCAUGUUUUACACAUAUUUUGCUUACUGCUGCCUUUCUUUAAUUAGCGAGGAGAAUUUUUGCGACAGAGAUAUUUUUUAAAGUUUUAUAUAAAGCUUAUUGUAAAUAUUAAAAAUGAAAUAUCCAAGUUAAUUUAUAAUAUAUUUUAGGAUGCAAGUUGCCAAAAAUGCAAUAAUUAGCUGGAGAUAUAGUUAUUAAAUAUAUAUAUAUAUAAUAUACCAAUACUUUGCCUGCUAACAAAGUGAGGUUGAUUUCCAUAAGAUAGGGAUUAUUCCAAUGAUUUUGCUUUCUAACAUGGGGAGCUAGUCUUUAUAGUGGACUAGUGCCAUCAAGUUUUGGGAUUCUAUGCAUUGAUUUUGGAGUUCCAGUCGUCACACAAUUUUUAUAUGUAUCAUUCCCAUCAACUAUACGAGCUAGGCCUAUAAGAAACUGAAUUUGUAUAACUUUAGCUGCAUUAUACAGCUUUUUUUAUAUUUCAGCUUCAGAUCACAGCUAUGAAUACUCUCCUCACACUGGGUAUUUUUUUACAAUUUUCCUGUGCUUUGGCCUUCAUAAUCUCUGGGUCCAAGUCAGUAAUUGGGGGAAAAUGUACACAGCUUGGACGAUGAUACACAUGUUUGUUUUCUUAAAGUGCGUAUUUUUCCUUGGCUUUUGCUUGAUUGCAAAAAUAUCAAGUCGUGUGUUUUUGGCACCGAUAAAGUGGGAGCAUACCUAUCAAGGCGUUAUUUUUUAUGCUAUCCAGCUAUUUCUAAUAAGAUUUAUUGGUUAA